AUGACGGACACAGGCUACCGAGCUCCGCCGUCACGGGCUCUGCUCGCUGCCAUCCCGCUGUGCCCGGAGAAUGCUCCCGGCUCUGCUCCCCCCAUCCCGGUGUGCCCAGACAAUGCCCUCAGCUCUGCUCCCCCUAUUCCCGUGUGCCUCAGGGAUGCUCUGGGCUCUGCUCCCCCCAUCCCGCUGUGCCCGGAGAAUGCCCCCGGCUCUGCUCCCCCCAUCCCGGUGUGCCCAGACAAUGCCCUCAGCUCUGCUCCCCCUAUUCCCGUGUGCCUCAGGGAUGCUCUGGGCUCUGCUCCCCCCAUCCCGAAUGCCCCCGCUCUGCUCACCGCCAUCCCGGUGUGCCCGGAGAAUGCUCCCGGCUCUGCUCCCCCCAUCCCGCUGUGCCCGGAGAAUGCCCCCGGCUCUGCUCCCCCCAUCCCGGUGUGCCCGGAGAAUGCCUCCGGCUCUGCUCCCCCCAUCCCGCUGUGCCCGGAGAAUGCCCCCGGCUCUGCUCCCCCCAUCCCGGUGUGCCUCAGGGAUGCUCUGGGCUCUGCUCCCCCGCCAUCCCGCCCUCAGGGGCGGGAGGAAAGGGCGGGAAGCGCCCUCCUCGCGCCCCCUCAGGACCCUGCCCAGAGGGUCCCGCACUCACCCGUCCCCGCCCUUGUCCUUGUCCUUAUCCCUGCUUCUCCCUCGGAGAGACUGGGCCGGCCUGGAGCAGCUGUCAGGCCCCCUGGGCCCGGCCCCGCCCGUGGCUCACCUUCACCGCCGCUCCCGCACGGCCGCCAUGUCACCCGCGGCGCCGUCGCCCGGGAGGUGCGGGAGCCGUGCGUCAGCGCCGCGCGCGGCGCGCGGGGCACGCUGGGAGUUGUAGUUCCGGGGCCUCAUGGCGGGCGGCCCGGCCCGCCUCAGGAACAGAGCCCACAGACCGUGCAACGGGAAAGGUUUAAUGCGAUUCCCCGUGCUCAAACCGUACAGCCCGUUAACGCCCACCACCGGACCGGCCCGAGGAAACACACCGCAAAAUAA